AUGGAUAUCCAGCAGCGCGGCCGCUCACCCUCAGCGGGCCAGCGCGCGAAUAUAAGACAUUCGCCCUCGCCCUCUCCCCAUGCGCCCUUCCCACACAACGUCUCCGGCCUCGGCUUCGAUCCCACCCUCUCCGUCCACGACCCCUCCUCCUCGACCACCUUCCAAGUCACCACCGCCGCCUUUGACCCUUCACACUACCUCACCACGACCCAGGGCCAGCAGUACCCACAGCAGACUUCCCUCGCCGACCAGAGCUAUCUGCAACCCACCCAGACGACCCUCUCGCAGCACAACACGCCUCAAUUUGGCCCCCAAGGCAACAACAUCUCACCCGACCCACUUGACAUCUCCCAUACCACCAGCCCCGACUUCAACCACUUCUUCACCGCCAACGAUAUCAAUCAGAACCAGGCGAUCAAUCCCUCGUUCCUUGGCAACACGCUGGACCCCCAGCUGUUGGAUGCUCAGCCGCAACAAAAUCCAUCCAUCAGCCCAUCUGACCUCAUCAGCCAGAUGGCGACCACACAACAGGGCGCGCCCACACCGCCGCACCUCCUGCCCACCAUGAACCAUCGCCAGACUCCAAGCCCACAGGCCUCGCCGAACAUGAACCAGGGCCAAUUCACGUCCCCGGGCCAUUCGCGACACGCUUCCUUGGACCCAAAUGCCGCAUACGGACAAGGCACAGAGUGGGGUAACAUGGCCAACUUCAGGGGCCAUAGGAGAGCUCCAAGUGAAACCUACUCGGAUGUAUCCUCGGCGCAUGCAUCACCGUACCUAGUUCAGCAAGACAGCUUCGAGACGGAUCAGCCCUCGCCCCUCCUGAAUGCGCAGAACGACCCACAGCUGUUCCAUGAUCCUGUGAUGCAAUUCGGCCAAUUCAACCUGAACGACAGCAAUGCGCACAUUAGUCCUGGCCAUAGCCCUCACAUCUCGCCGCGCUUGAAUCCGCAACAACAGCAGUCGCUUCCGCAGUUUCAGCCUGGCUCGUUUGGCUUGGAACAGGGUAUGAACAACCAAUAUGCACAGCAAGGGAUGGGCACAUACCAGAACCAGGGCCCAGAGCCGUUCCCGUCUUUGAACCAGGGUAUUCCCGAGUUUGGCCAGGCUGACGCAAUGUCACCACCUGAGAUCAACAUUGACUUUGCCCCGCCAUCGCGACAAGCGAGCUUUGAACCGCCAAAGCCUGAGCACCAAGCAGAUGCUUUGAGUCCUCCAGAUCGAUCACGGAGUCGCAACAGGAUACGAGCCAAGUCCGAUCCAUUCAGUGGUGCCAGCUCACGUGCAUCUACACCAGGCUCGGAAGUGCACCGGUCGCUAUCUCCCAGUGCAGCCAAGUCUCGAUCUCCCUCCCCAUCCUCCAAAUCCUCUCGCCGUUCUUCCACCUCGAGUGUGCCCAACCGCGACUACAUCUUAGACCUCGCGGACCCUUCAAGACCUGCCCCUGCCGACGGCUCAAAUCCCAAGCGUACACAGAAGCAUCCUGCGACAUUCCAGUGCACCUUGUGCCCGAAGCGGUUUACGAGGGCAUACAACCUCCGGUCCCAUUUGCGCACACAUACAGAUGAGCGUCCCUUUGUAUGCAGCGUCUGUGGUAAAGCAUUCGCGCGUCAGCACGACCGAAAGCGCCACGAGGGUUUGCACUCGGGCGAGAAGAAGUUCGUGUGUCGCGGCAAUCUCAAGGACGGUAACCACUGGGGUUGUGGCAGGCGAUUCGCUCGCGCGGAUGCCUUGGGACGUCAUUUCCGAUCCGAAGCAGGCCGCGUAUGCAUUCGUCCUUUGCUCGAGGAAGAAGCGCAAGAAAAGGGCGGUUGGGACGGCCAGAACCAGCAAAUGAACAAUGGUAACGGCAUGUUCGCACCAAUGCCCGCCCAGAAUUUUGGAAGCGGAAUGAUACCACAGCCGGGCUUCGAGCAAUUCCCUCAGGGCGGCGGUAUGCAAGCACAGCAGUUCUUGCCCGCAGCUCUGCUAGCGCAAUACCCUGCACUAGCGGGUAUACAGUGGGAUCAACUUCCACCUGGUCCGCCUGACGAGGUUGAGGGUGAUAUCAGCGGACGUAGUAGCUUUGACGCAUCUAGUGGAGGCGAAUUCUUCGACGAGGAGAGCGACUACCAGAACCAGCAGCCUAUUUACGGCGGUAAUGGGGGCGGCUGGGCGAGCGACUCGUACGAUGGGCGGUGA